CGGCGGCGGCGCUGGGCCGGCCGGCUAGUGGGAACGCCGCUCGCCGAGGGGCCAGCGCCCGACCGGCGGCCGCCAUCGCGCUCGGCGGCCGGCGAGCGUCAGUCGCGCUCCGACCGCCGCUGUGAGAGGAGUGGCCGAGCAAUGUCUGAGUGAGAGCCGCGGAGCGGAGAGUGCCGCAGACAGACGCCUGGCGAAGGCGCGCCUGUGAACCAGCAGUGCCCGGCGGGGACAUGCUAUCGCUGCCCGCGCUGGCUGGUCGAUUCGCCAUGGAGCGGGGAGGAGGCGGCUGCGACGAGCCGGGCCUGUGCUCGGGGGAGCUGCUCUCUCCGUACAUAUCCAGUGCUGGCAGCGGCUGGCCGGACGCCGAGCCCAGCCACUGUGUCGGCGGCAACUACGUGCUGAGCCGUGCGCCGGAUGCCACGGAUGGACCUCGCUACCUCUUCGACCACAUCCCGCCGCGGCUGGCGCCGUCGCGCGGCGAGGAUGACCUGUUUGACCUGCCCGCCGCCGGUGGUGAGGACGAUCUCUGGCCGCCGACCUCCGAGGACAGGCUGUGUCGACCGGCGCCCGAGCGGCUGGGAGCGGCACCUGUGUCGUGUCCGGCGGCUGUGACCCAGCCGGGACCGCCGUCAGUCAGUGUCAGUAUCGGCGGCUGCUCGCGGCUCGAGCCCGCGUCGGUCUCGACGGCGGCGGCGACGGAGCGGCGGCCGCUGCACCACAGCGGCGGCGGUCUGUGUCGGACCGCGGAGCCUCCCCAGCCGGCCGCUGACCCGGAGGGCUGUAUUCCGGCCAUCGAGAUCGGUCUCCGGCCCAGCUGUCCCUCGUCGUGUUCGGGCAGCAUCAAACUGCAGAUCAGUGUGCCGUGCAACCGCGCCACGACGGUCAGUGUGCGCAGCCACCCGCCGCACGGAGCGCACGCUGCGCCCGUACCUCACGCUGCGCACCUCGCCUCGCACGCGGCGUCGUGCGGCCCGUGCGCAGCACCCGCCUCGCCGCUGCCCGCCUCGCCAUGCCGGCCGCCGCACCCCCUGCGCUCCUGCUGCGGCCCGUCGUUCGGCCCCAUCGCCGUCGCCGUCGACGCGACGCCGCCCGAGGCCGCCGGCGACGAUGAGAUGGCGGUGCUGGCCAAGGCGACGGCCUACCUCAGGGAAAGUGGGUGGUACUACGGCAUGCUUAGCUGGCAGGAAGCUCAGGAGUAUCUGCGCGGCGCCAACAGGGGUACGUUCCUCGCGAGGGACUCGUUCGACCGUCGGUUUUUGUUCGCGUUGACUGUGCAGACGGCCAAGGGGCCGACCAGUGUGCGUGUGCAAUUCCUUCAGGGCCGGUUCCGAUUGGACGCGCCGGCCACCUUGUUACCCGGCAUGCCGACGUUUCCCGAUGUGAACUCUUUGGUGGAACACUACGCGCGGCACGGUCACGUGCUGUACGACCAGAAAGGCCGGCCACUGCUGAAGAUGCGCCUGGUGCGGCCGCUGCGCCAGGAGCCUCCCAGCCUCCAGCACUGGUGUCGGCUGGCGCUAAACGCAGCUGGCCUGGAGAAGCCGCCCCUGCUGCCCGACAAGCUGCAGAAGUACGUGCAGGAGUACCCCUUCAGCAGGUAGCCCCUCGUGGGCAGUUCCUCGCUCAGACCAAAUAUAGCGCUAGUGUUUGUAUCUGGCGCCCUUGUGUCGAGCGUCAGUCAUUCUGUGAAGACCCAAAUGUACCAUUGGUGUAUGUGACAAUAUCGAUAUCCCCGCAUUUUCUAUGAGCCUGACAGAAAAAUAUAAUAUUUUGUACUACUGUG